AAUCUUCUACAAUGUACGCAUACGAUUCCAUUGCCCCCAAUUUGCUAUCAGUUCAAAGCUACUGAAAGUAAACACUUUUCAUUUCGCUCUAAAAUGGGGAUGAGAUGAAACGCGAUGAAUUGAAUCCAAAAGCUUAACAAGCUGAAAUUGCCAAAAUUCUUUACAUGAUGGCGCAGGGUUUCAUUUUGCGACAAAGACUGAGUUCUCAACAGACAGUGAUUUAGAAUUUUGGGUGUUGUAGCCGUCUGCCAUGGUUUCAAUUUCAAUUACUUUUAUUAGAGAAGAAAAUGUUGGAUUCAAUACGUCUUCUUCAUGAGCACUUCAAUUAUCUUAUGCAAAACUUUGAAUUUUCUUAAUCGCGGUGUGUACCAAUACCAUAAAUCUUCGUUUCUGCAUAAUAAAUCAAAUAUCGAAGUUCAUUUGGUAGGUAGUGGAAGAAGAUUAUCUGGGUUUAUACCUAAUGCUGAAAAGGAUUAUUCAAGGAAGAGAUCCUGGUGGAAGAAAUUCUUUUUUGAUGAUGAUGGUGACUGGUUUAGUUUGAAAGACGAGGAUAUGCUUGAGGUUGAGGAGAAUGUUAAAGAAGAUGAGGAAUUGUCUGAGGAUGAGAAGUUUGAGGCUUGGAAGAGGAGAGCAGAGGCAAUAAUGGAUAUCCGGGAAGCACAAGAUGGUUUGAAGAAUGAAGAGAAUCGGAGAUGGGAAGACUGGCUUGUGGAUGGGCCAGCUAGUGGAAAUGGUUCAUCAUGGGGUCAAGAAUUGAACAGUGAAAACCGAAGGGAAUCCAUAGAUGAUCAAAGCGAAAUGAUUUCCGAUGGAGGUUUGGUCAAGUCCAUGGCAGAUGGAGGUUUGGUCAAGUCUAUGGCAGAUGUAGUAUUUGGCAAGAAAGAUGACAUGCUCUAUGAAGACAGAGUUUUUCAAUAUGCCUCCAUAAAUUCAGCAAAGUUUUUGGCAGUAUUGGUGGUUAUACCAUGGGCGAUGGACUUUUUGAUACAUGACUAUGUUCUGAUGCCAUUUUUGGACAGGUAUGUAAAGACAGUGCCACUUGCUGCUGAAAUAUUUGAUGUAAGAAGACAUCAAAAGCUAGACAUGGUUAAAGAGAUAAAUCUGGCAAAGGCAAGAUACCGACUUGAGGUCGAGAUAGGAAAAUCUCCGCCUCUUUCUGAUGAGGAGCUUUGGCUGGAAUUACGACACAAAGCGUUAGAGUUGCAAGAUGAGUGGAGAUUGGAAAACCGUCGAGCAUUUGCUAACAUAUUGUCUGAUAUGACGUUUGGAAUCUCGUUAUUCAUUCUUUUGUGCUUAAACCAGAGUCAAGUGGCUUUGCUAAAAUUUACAGGUUAUAAGAUACUAAAUAAUGUUUCAGAUACUGGGAAGGCAUUCCUUAUUAUACUUAUCACGGACAUUUUUCUUGGGUAUCAUUCUGAGUCCGGCUGGCAGACUUUGUCAGAAGUGAUCCUAGAGCAUUAUGGAUUUCAGGUGGAUCAAGCUGCAAUAACCAUUUUCGUCUGCUUCAUUCCUGUCAUACUUGAUGCGUGUGUAAAGCUUUGGUUAUUUAAAUUCCUCCCAAGAUUAUCUCCGAACGUCUCAAACAUAUUCAAUGAAAUGAAACGUCACUAGAGUGAAUCAAAUCUCUUCCUUGGACCAUUCAUUUAGACGAGGGAAAAGGGGGCCAUUUGUUUCUAAACACUGGUAUGUCAUGAUUCAAGAUUGGAUAUCGCAAGCCCAUUGAAAGAUAUUCUUACAUAAAUUUAAACAAUAUCUACUCGAGACAUGGAUAUAAUGUCUUCAUCAUUUCUCGGUUAUAAAAACCUUCAAUUAUUGUAUGGCAGACAGAAAUGCCACCAUUUUGUGUUCUUAAUUUCUUUAAUAAGAACUGGUUUUGUCCUAUUUUGUAAGGA